AUGCCAAACGAUUGUAGAUGUUGGAUUCCCCAUUAUAGAAGAACACCAUGCAAUGGUGACGUAACAAUGAGCGAAGAUGAAUGCGUGAACGCCGGAUGUUGUUUUUAUCAAGAUCCGGUUUAUCGAAGUUCCCCGGUUUGUUUCGCCAAGACAGGGAGUUGUCCAACCGCGCGGUGUCAGGUGAACCCGGAACGAAGGCGGAAAUGUGACGUCAUUAAUCGUGACGUCAUACCUCGAUCAGUUUGCGAGAGUCACGGAUGUUGUUACAGUGACGUCACAAGACCUUAUUGUUACGUAUCUACCGAAGUGAAGAACCCGUCAUGGGGAAGUUGGAGUUUGUGGACCGAAUGCUCGGGUUCGAGAUGCAAUGUUGGAUCGCAACGAAGAACAAGAAGCUGCCAUGAUGAUUAUUUACCGAAUAAAAGUUGUAGUGGUGCCAGUUACGAGGAACAGAGUUGUAGAGUUUCUUGUCCAGGGGCUUCGUGGGGGAGCUGGUCGGUGACGUCAUGUAGCGAUGGUUGCUCCCCUGGCAGCCAGUUCAAAUAUCGGUCUUGUUUCGAUGGAUCUACUGUUGUAUUGAACGAGAAUUGUGAGGGUGGAAAUACCGGUGCAGUGCAGUCCUCCACUUGCAAUGAGGAUUUCUGCACCUCAUACUCCACUUAUGCAGUUGGCCAAUGUUCCAACCAUUGCAGUAGAACGGGGAGGAAAGUUCGGUCCAGGACUUGUAUCAGUACAGGGUAUUCCCCUCCACAAUGCCUUACAAUUGAAGAAGGAUGUUUUGAUGAAACUUUAUGUGUACCAACAUGGGGUUCAUGGUCAACAUGGGGUGGUUGUGUUGGGCAAUCGUGCAACACUGGAACACAAACAAGAACAAGGGGUUGCCAGAAUGGUGACGUUACGACUGAAAUGUGCAUAGGGGAGGCCAAUGAAGCAAGGAAUUGUAGCGUGCCUUGUGGGGGAACUUGGGGUGUUUGGAACCGUGGGGCUUGCAGGGGUGACACUUGCACGCCGGGGGUUUCAACAGAUACGAGGAACUGCCUCGAAUCAGGGGUUGUGGUUGCUAAUAGCAACUGUGAGGGUGGGGCACAAGGGUCAACAAGG